CUAAAGUUCCUUGCUUUUUGUUGGAGUUAGUCCAUGCUUGACUUGUCCAACUGGGUCUUUGCUCGUGAGCAUUCUGCCCAGUUGACGCGCUUGACUCACUCACUGCAAUGAAACGUUGCUUUUUUUACAUGUUUUGGCUUUCUGGGUUUUCUUCAAUCUUGUGUUUUUGGCUUUGUUCAAGAGGGGUGCUGGUGUUUGGAGAAUUGGGUUUGUCUUUACUUUAACAACAACUCCAAGAAAGGUGGUAGGUUGGUGGGGUUGACUUUGGUUUAUAAGGUCAUAGAUUAGGAAAUCCUCUCAAGGAAAUCUUUUGGUGUUUGUUUUGGUUUCCUUAAAUUCUAAUCCCAUGUCUUUUGAUGAGUGUUUUAGGUGUUUGUGUCGGCAUUUUUUUGUUUUUGGUUUUCUUGAACUUGUUUUAUUAUUUUUUGGGUUUGAAGCUUUGUUACCCUUCUACUAACUUGUAAUUGAUACCAACUUCAGCAGCUCUGAAAGGGAUAGUUUUUAUGUGUUUGUACUGGUUUGUUAUUAUUCUAGUCCAUAUGAGAUUGGAAUUCGCAGUUGGGAUAAUUGACAUUGUUUCACCUGCAUUUAAAUCGAAGCCAAGCUGGGUUUUUUUUUUUUUUUUUUUAAAUGAACCUUCCAGGGGAAAUUACUGUUAAUAUUUUCAUCAAUGUCUUCCUGUUGUAGUAUUGUAGUGUUGUUGAGUACUUGAGAUAUAUCAUCUGGGGCAUUGUAAGAGCUUGGUGAUAUAUGAGAAGGGCCGUCCAGAUAACUGUUGUGCAUUAAUUGGAAUAUCUGAAUCAAACUAUGGUGAGCUUACGAAGACGCAAGCUUCUGGGACUAUGCUCUGGGAAAAGUUCAUUCAUAGCUCCACUUCCUAGGUUUUUCAAUGGAAUUACUCCUGAAAUUUCUACUCAUAAUUCCAAUCAUGUCAGAGUGCAUCCAGUGGCUCCAGCUAAUGUAAACCAGCCAGUGGGGAAUAGAAUAGGACCUGGAUCUUCAAAUGGAUCUGGUUCAAGCUCAUCAAAAGAGCAGCCCAUUCAACCAGUUGCAGGUCUGCCUACUUCAAAGUUCAAACUGAGAGAGCAAAGUGAGAUGAGAAGAAGUAAAAUACAAAGAGGGAAAUGAGAUCAGAUGAGAGAAUUCAAUAUGUUGUAGGAGUUGGAACUUGGAAAUUUCUUGGAAGGUUCGUUGUUUACAAAUGCCCCCAACAUCUAUGUUUACUUAUGAAAUAACCAAACUUGCCU